CAAUGACCGGGCUGAUGCCGAUCCGGGGCGGUUUCCGAGCGAGAGAGGCGCACACAUAGGCCCACAGACACAGCUACCUACAGAUCGCAGCUCCGAGCACAUCCACUCAGCGAUUCCUCCGACUCAGAGAUACACACAGGCUCAGCACAACGCACGCACAGAUGGCACUGCUCCGAUGGACGGCGGCGGCCACGGCGCUGCUGGCGGCGCCGCACCUCGUGCUCGGUCUCGACAACGGGCUGGCGCUGACGCCGCCCCUGGGCUGGCUGGCCUGGGAGCGGUUCCGCUGCAUCACCGACUGCGCUGCCGAGCCUGACAGCUGCGUCAGUGAGGCGCUGUUCCGUGCGCAGGCCGACCGAAUGGCUGCCGAUGGCUACCUGGCCGCCGGCUACCAGUACAUCAUCAUCGACGACUGCUGGUCGUCCCACGAGCGUGACGCCGAGGGGCGUCUGCAGGCCGACCCGGACCGGUUCCCCAGCGGCAUCAAGGCGCUGUCCGACUACGUGCACGGCCUGGGACUCAAGCUGGGCAUUUACGGAGACUAUGGGACGUACACGUGCGGCGGCUACCCGGGCAGCAUCGACCACAUGGAGACGGACGCGCAGACGUUCGCCGAUUGGGAGGUGGACUACGUGAAGCUGGACGGCUGCUACAGCGACCCUGACUCGAUGGACGUCGGCUACCCCGAGUUUGGCGGAUACCUUAACGACACCGGUCGGCCGAUGGUGUACUCGUGCUCGUGGCCCGCGUACCAGUCGAACCCCGACUACCCAGCCAUCGCCCGCGCCUGCAACCUCUGGCGCAACUUUGACGACAUCCAGGACUCGUGGGACUCGGUGGCGUCCAUCAUCGACUUUUACGGCGACCAUCAGGAGGAGCUGAUCCCAGUGGCCGGGCCGGGCCACUGGAACGACCCGGACAUGCUGAUCGUGGGCGACUUCGGGCUGAGCUACGAGCAGAGCCGCGCCCAGAUGGCCGUCUGGUCGGUGCUGGCGGCCCCGCUCAUUAUGUCGGUGGACCUGCGCACCAUCCGACCCGAGUAUGCGGCCAUCCUGCAGAACAGCGCCGCGCUCGCCAUCAACCAGGAUCGGCUGGGCAUCCAGGGCAGGCGCGUGUUCCAGGACCAGGGCAUGGAGAUCUGGCGGCGUGCAAUCACGCCCCAGGUGGACGAGCAGUUCUCGUACGCGCUGGCGUUCCUGGACCGGCGCACGGACGGCACGCCGAGCCGGCUGACGAUGACGCUGCGCGAGCUCGGCCUCGACAGUCCGACCGGCUACCGGGUGCAGGAGGUGUUCGACGGCCAGUCCUACGGCACGCUGCUGCCGGAAGACUCCAUCACCGUCCAUGUCAACCCAACCGGUGUCACCUUCCUGCGCUGCGAUCUGGUGGCCUAGUGUUGCCAUGUGUUCAUACAGCCGAUUUGAUGUGACCUUUCAUAAGCGUGUCCGUAGUGUAUGCAGACAUGCGCACAGGGUUUUUGAAUGUGAGAGACACUGCCUCCAGACCGGAUCACCUAUGCCAGCGACGUUUCCCAGAAGAAAACUCCCAAAGUAAUUCAAUCUCGUUUUGCUGGAACUUUUGUUUAUGUAAACCGUGUUAAUUAUCAACAUGGCCUGCGUUUCAAUUCUUGUCUUGUGUAAAACUGUAUGUCUA